AGGGAGACGGUGGCGCCGGUGUUGUAUACACUGUGAGGGAAGGAUGUGUUUGAUUCUCGGGCCUUCCGGUGUGGGGAAGACUCUGCUCAUGAAGAGGCUCCAAAAGUUAUGUUCUAAAGAUUCAGCUGGCCUGGGCGACCCGCCAUCCACACAGCCCACUGUUGGCACGAAUCUGACUGACCUGACAAUACAGAGGAUGCGAAUCACUGUACGAGAAGUGGGCGGCUCCAUGGGACCCAUCUGGCCCAGUUACUACAAGGAUUGCAGGACUGUAAUGUUUGUUGUAGAUGCCGCUAAUCCAAUGCAGGUGUCAGCGUCCUGUAUACAGCUUCUGUCUGUGCUGUCUGCUCCCGCUCUGUCUUCUGCCUCUGUGCUCAUUAUCUUCAAUAAAACGGACCUGCCGUGCUGUAUGUCAUUGGUCAAAAUGAAGUCAUUAUUCAGAAUGGAUGACAUAAUAGCCAGUUCUCAGCAGCCAGUCACAGUCAUGGAAACUAGUGCCCUUGAAGGCAAAGGACUGCAAGAUGUUCUGCAGUGGCUGCAUUCAUCUAUUGGGACAUAAUGCAACAC